GUUCUUUAUUGUUUAUAUCGCGAAUAUUUUUUAGUUUCUGAAUUAUUUAUUGUAAAUUUUUGCCAAUUUAAGGUGAAAUUUAAGUGUGAAAAGUUGAAAAAGUUAAUAAAAAGAAGACAAAGUUUAUGAAUUAAAUGGAAAAUAAUCGGAGAAAGUUUGUGAAAAUCUUAAACUGAGUUAUCGUGCAACUGACAGUUGAGUCAACAAGUGAAAACAUCACACAGACAUCAAAAUUUGCAAUUUUUCUCUAAACCGCCAAAAAAGGAUCUCUAAACAUGCACAUUUUGUCGCUUCCAGACUGUGUACUUGAAAUCAUACUUUCAUAUCUCUCGUAUGAUGACAUAGCAAAGUCAAGAGUUGUCUGCCGAAAGUUCAACGAGAUCAACAAGCAAGCACUAAAUCAUGGCUUCUACAAGCUCCUCAGUUAUCACUCAAAACACAUGAAGAGAAUUAAGGCGAUGUUACCCAGACGAGAGUCAGAACGAAGGAACCAUCACCUAGCAAAGCACUCUGACGUCCUCACCUGUAUAGAAACUCGCCUAUCUAUGCUGUCCAUGACCUAUCAAAAGCACAUUCAAAGUGGACUUGUAUGCUUUAUACCUGGAAAAAUUAUAGAUGAAUGUUACAAAGUUAUUCGAUCAAUUACGAACAGCAACGAUGAAGAAAUCAGGAACUUAAGGGCUCAUGAAAUUCUUCAGGAACUUAGAGACAUUUCAUCGAUGGCCAUUGACCAUUUUGAUGAAAAAAUUGCAGUUGAUUUUACAAAGAAUUCAAUUGAGGCAUUUGCAACAAUUCCUUUAGCUUUUGACAUGUUCCCAAGUACUUCCAACGAUGACUUGUGCUCAUCAUCACGCAAUACAUCAUCUACUUCAACUUCAUCAUCAUCAAAUACGCCAGCCAUUGAACCUCCAAUAAUUAGGACUGUCAGAAAGAAGCCAAAAAUGACAAAUUUAAUGUCCCUUUAUAAGAAGCAGUCGAAAAUCAUUGCGGCACAGUCCAAGAAAAUUAGUAAAAUGAUGAAAUUUAUGAAGGAACAAAAGUCAUCGCUGAAUACGCUUAAGAGACGAUUGGACGAGUCUGAGGUGAAGAAUCUUGAAUUGAGUGAAAGAAAUCAUUACCUUGCCAAACACUCUGACGUCCUGACAUGCAUCGAAACUCGUUUAUCAAUGCUGUCCAUGACCUACCAGAAGCACAUGCAGAAUGGAAGCUCCUGCUUCAUCCCAGGAAAGAUAAUCGACGAGUGCUACAAAAUUCUUCGAUCAAUUUCGAACAGCAAUGACCAACAGAUUAAAAAUUUGCGUGCUCAUGAAAUCCUGCAGGAACUUCGUGACAUUUCAUCAAUGGCCAUUGAGCAUUUUGAUGAGAAAAUUGCAGUUGAUUUGAAAAAGAAUCGAGUUGAGCCAUUAACAGCUGUUCCGUCAGUUUUUGAUAUGUUUCCACGUGGGUCAAUUGAUGGAUUAUUUUCAAUGUCAAGGAACACAUCAUGUACUUCAAUCUCGACUCCAACAACGCCAGAUCGGGACUUUUCAUCGUUUAGCAGAACAUCCAGAAAGAAGUCCAAAAUGUCAACUUUAGUGUCGCUUUAUAAAAAGCAGUCUAAAGUCAUUAAAAAUCAAUCGAAGCAAAUUUAUAAAAUGAUGAAAUUUAUGAAAGAUCAAAAGACUACGAUGAGCUCAAUGAAGAGACGAUUAGAUGAGUCUGAAGUGAAGAAUCGUGAAUUGAGUGAAAGUAUUAAGAAAGUUGAGGCAAAGAAAGCUAGAACUUCAUGAUGAGGGGAUUUAAGGAUUUAAGAAUCUGAGAAUAUUUUUAAGAUUUUGAUUAAGAAUUUGAGUGAAAAAAAGGAAAUAGUAAUUUGGUGAUAACUUUGCAGGGGGUCGAUUGCUAAUGAUGUUCAUGUUCGAGAGUAUAGUACAUGCUGUGGUGUGCUUUUUUCCUAGCUAAACAUGAUCCAGAUAUGAGUAUACAUUAUCAGAACAAAAGCUGGUUUAAGAGACAACAACUUCAACCAAAUCCAUCUGAUUCUUCCUAUGAAUCAAAACAAAGAGGUAGCAUGAACAUCACUUGCAAAUGACCCCCACCAAUAAGAAGACGGAAUAUUAAAUAUAAUGAAAUAAAAUAAGCAAAAUUUUAUAAAUAAGAAUUUGAAAUAAAUUUAUUAAUAGAAACGAGAAUUUCCACUGAGUGACUCUAAACUUUAAAUUAAUUGUCCAAGAUGUAAAGCAGUGUUGCCCAAACUGUGUGCAACGCCACCUUAGUGUACCGUUGAAAUUUUUUGAAAAUUACACGAUUCGCAUGCUGUGUGCCGCUUCGGUCAUG